AUGCGUUGUUUGGCCCAACAGUUGGCUGUGCUUUGUCUCAUUUGUUUACCCUCUUUAAGCUACGGAAAAUUUACAGCUGAGAAAGUAUCUCGCAAGCAUAGCACAGACAAAGUUAGAAACAGUACUCCAAGAAGAUUUAAAUCCUCGAGGUCUCCGAACCUGUCCAAGAAGUCUAAGGAAACAGGUGUAACGGUGAAAGGAACACGAAAGAAUCUUCUCAACCCUCUAGUUUCUAGUUACGAAGGACCACACUUCUCCGAAGCUCCGUUACCAAUUCACAUCGAGCAUAUCAAAGAUUACCCGGUUGCUGUUCCAGUCAAGAAGGAAACUGCUGAACACAUUUUACAUGUGCACAUUCAUGACAGUGAGUUUGUUUUCUCAUAUUAGAUUUUUGAAACCAAUUUCAAAACACUUUGGGUUAAUGUUCAUAGACAAAGAAAUAACUUGACGCCUCUUUGUGUAGAACAUGAAAACAAUUCAAUAUUUAGAUAAAAGACGGAAAAUUAAAGAAGAACAAAAGGACUCAAUAGGACCACUUACUUUAGGAUUGAAAUUUGUGUUGAGACCCUUAGUUUGUGCUUUGAACGAAGCGCAAACUUAAAAUGUACUGUCUUCAUACAUCGCGCACAAAACCGGUUCAGAGUCAGAUGAGAUUGAAUCAGGCUCUCGUUUUUCAAACAUGUACUUUGUAUGCUUUUUGAUCGAGUAAGUGCAAUCUCUUUCAUUCAAUAUCCCAUUGUUUUGUUAAGCAACUGGUUCCUAGAAUAAAUCUCGUGGAUAUUUAUUCAACCUUUUUGUCUUGCAAAGUUUCAAAUGCACCUAACCAUUCCAAAAUUCUUUAAACGCGAUCAUGUAUAGCUUGUUAUCUUUUCAGAAAAUCCUUGCAAAAAUGGCGGAGUACUUUCGGGAGAAGAAUCAGGAAAUUAUCGCUGUAUUUGCCCACCUCAGUACGUUGGAUCCACUUGUGAAAGUAGGUUUUCCCUAAAAAGAAGGACGGCAUGUUUAGAGAUAAUCAAUGCUAACAAGUUGGACAUGACGUAGUGAAAUUAGAACUGUGAAUCGUUGACACUUUCGUGCAGUCAAGGAGAGAGUCAGUAACUUUCGUAUCGUUAACUCACCAACAGACACACUAAGUCAAACAGGCAAAUACUUAGUUCAAGUACCGUGUUAGCUGUUUGAGUUCUCUCGUAGGUGUGAAUCUUAAGAAAAUAUUAUUGACCAUAUUACUUGACAUUGCGUUUAAUGGCUGAUUAACACUCUGACCUAGAACAACAUUGUUUCAAGUUGUAACUUUUUGUUAUUUAAUAAUGUCUUGAUUCUGAUUUUAUUCAUUUUCUUAAGUACAACAGUACUGUUUUUCUGAACCAUGCAAGAAUGGAGGAAAGUGCCUAGAGAUUAGCAAUGGUUAUAAAUGCACAUGCCUCGCUGGUUUCACUGGCAAUGACUGUGAAGGUAAAAAAUCAAUUAAUUAAUGAGAAUAAUGGCAAUGUUUAAUGUAUUAUAUACAAAUUCUUGCGUUUUGUUUUCAACCCAAAUGAGGUUUUGAUGAUUCCUCACAAUAUGGCAAUUGUUUCAGACAGAGCCUUUUGCUCCCCUAACCCUUGUGAACAUGGAGGUACAUGCGUUGAGACUCUUCAAGGCUAUAAAUGCGUGUGUCAAGACGGUUACAAGGGGGAUAACUGUAAAGGUAAGAGGAAAAACCUUGACCAUUCACGGUAGAUUUUUGUGGGGGUUUCAUUUGAAAUUUAGUUGAAGAUACACGUCUGGACAAACUAGAAGCAUGUUUGAAUUCGUUGGUCACCACACAUUGUGUUAGCACGCAUUGAUGAUGGAUUGGGUGCAAGAUAUUCCAAUUAUAAAGAUUUCAAUCGGUUCCUUCCGUUUAAUGUGCAAAGCAUUGUACUAAAUACAAACGAGGUCGCACACCAUUUUAGCUGUACGCCAAUUAAGUCUGGAUGAGUCAAACAAAAUUAUGUUUGGCUGAAAUCAAACAUUCUCAGGGAAGCUUCUUUUUGAAAAGUAAACCGUUGAAGAAAAGCUUAGUUUUAAGUCCAUGAAAGCUGAAUGAACAUGAUAAAUUCUCAAAUUUAGACAAUGUUUUAUCGGAAUAGAUACUGAUGCUUGUUGGCCUAACCCUUGCCAACAUGGCGGAAGCUGUGAAACCAUAAAUGGUUCCCCACGCUGUCUGUGUCAACCGCAAUAUCAUGGAACUUACUGUCAUGGUAAGUGAGCGCUAUGAACGCGCAACUGUAGCUCAGUGAUAGCUAAAUAUUGCAGAAUGGCGUUUUCUAGCUUAUUCAUUACGGGAUAAAGAUUAAACCUAAAUUGAAGCAAACUACCAGACAUGGACAGCUCAAGAAACAUGUUUUUAGUUUAUUUUAGAUAUUCUUUGAAGCAAUCUCAUCAACCAGAACGGUCAGUUCGUUUAAUAUAAACGAGGUUAAUAAAAUUUCCAAAGGAUUUUAGGCGUUUGUAUGCCUAUUGUACCGACGGCAUUGGAGUUCACGGCCGCAUGGUCGCUGUGCAUGUCCAGUUCGAUCUGUGCAAGCCGUAAAGCGGUCAAAUACCAUUUUUACCCACUGUAAAACACUUCGAUGUGUUUUAAUUAUACACUUUUGAUUUGUCUACCUUGGCUUGCAGUCAACAACUUUAUCACUUGGUUCUCUGCUGCUUUCCUGCCUUAGAAAUUCAUCAGUAUCGAUCUUGUAUUAUUUGUUUCUCAGAGAGAUAUAUCUGCUUCAUGAAUCCUUGUCAUAAUGGAGGGAUAUGCGUAGAAAAUCCUUUGGCCCCUUGUCUUUGUCCAAAUGGAUACGUAGGAAAAUACUGCAUUGGUAAGAAUUUUUUUCUGUUACAGUGAUCAUAUACUAUACCUUAUAUCUCAAAGGAAAAAACAUGCUAAUUUUAUACACAUCCUUUUUUUACUAAGAUCACGUGUGUCGACCAAAUCCAUGCCUGCACAAAGGCACUUGCAAAGUAGUAGACCAUCCAUCGGGGUCCAGGAACAAGAGAUGGAAUUAUCGCUGCACAUGUCCGGAAUGGUAUCGAGGGCAUAUUUGUCAUAGUAAGUAUAGAUAAAAAGAAAAAGAUAGCACUGUGUAUUAAAGCAUUUUAGGUUAUUCGUUAACAACAUUUGAGUGAAGUGCUCUGUUUAACGCCUGUCAUCACGGUCUGUUGUCACUAUGUAUCAAAGCAUUUUCAGGUUAUUCGUCUAACAAUAUUUUAAUGAAGUGCUCUAUUUAUCGCCUGUUAUCUUAAGUUCCUCAUCCGUGCAUUCGUCAACCUUGCCUAAACGGUGGGACUUGCAUGGAUGCCUUCACUUCCAAAGAGGAAAACGAGGAGCAACCUGUUUAUGACCUAGCGCUCCCUUGGACACACUUGCACUUCCAUUGCCAGUGUCCUCCUGGUUUUAAGGGAUCCAGGUGCGAAAGUAAGUCCACAGAAAGUUAAUUCAUUCACUGCGGUACUUGUAAUAAUCAUGUUGACCCGUUCUAGAGCGUUGCCAACUCGAAACCUUUGAUAAUGAGAUUCUUGUUGGUUAGAGAAUACCCUUUUGUUAUAUUUCUGAAAAUUUCGUGGUGAUUGCAGUUGAGAAAUUGCAAAAAACAAAAAAAAUUCCAUUGCAAUUUUUUUUAUCCUUUGCUUUUAUCCAUUUGUUUUUUCUUUCAGUCUUUUAACGAGUUGCAACAAGAGCAUUUUGACUAAAUAUCAGUUUCGAAGUCGCCAUGGUCCCAUUAAAAAAAGAGUGAGAAUUCUCUUUCAAUUAAAAAAAGAUAGAGAUAGAGAUGAAUCCAAUAAAUCAUGUCUAUAAAAGAAAAAACAUUUUGUGAGCGACUUGAAAAUAAUUGAUAAUUUUUUUUGUUCUAAAAUCACUCAAAUUAUCGUUUCAGCUGAUGUUUGUUCGUUGUGUCAUCGUUUGGCUGAAUGUAUUGACCAUCAUUGUGUUUGCAAGCGUGGCUACGUUGGAAACGGAAAUUAUUGUAAAAGUAAGUGCGACAUGGAAAAAGCUAUCUUCGCAUAUAGUAAACAGACAAGGUGUAUUUGGUUCGGCAGUCGUGAGGGCCUGGGACAGCUUAUUUCUCUCAUGGCAGUGCAUACUACAUAUUUCGUGCGCUUUAUUCUACAUUGGAAAAUACCUCAAGCUAAGGCAAACACGAAAACAUUUUGAAAUGGAAAAAAAGGAGGAGGCGAAAAAAAUAGCUGAGAUGACCCUGUAAGUUCCUUCCAUUUCAUAAAAUGGAAUCAGAAUGCGUUUAUUUUAAUUACGUGUACUAUCCUUCAAAUAUUGCCCAGAAACCGCUGUUCAUACCACUGUGGAACUUUCCAGUCACAAAGUCACAAAUAAAAUUGUAGAUUCGAGUAAAUGAUUUGCUAGAUAACGAUAACUAUGUUAAAUUUCUUGCAGAGCCAACAAAUAGGUGUCAUCCCAAUCCCUGCCUUAAUCAGGGAACGUGCUCUGAACGGCAGGAUGGCAGUUACGACUGUGAAUGUGUCCCAGGAUAUUGUGGUCUUCAUUGCAAAGGUAUCUUAAUUUUUCUUGAAGAGAGAAAUAAGACAAGAAGUAUUCAAGUCAAGUCUAAACUCGAGAAGUGGCAAAUUAAUCAUGGCUCCUAGAAUUGUUGGCACCUCUUUGAGGCAGUUUACAUUCGUUUCGUGAAAAAGUCGUUUCGCGACAUUUCAAGAAGUCAUUUUAAUAAAAAAUAUUAAGAUAGGAUGCUGCUUCGCUGAUCUCGGUUAUUAUAUAUGGCUAGGUUAUAGCACGUUUACUUGGCAAUCAAAAUUCCGUCAACUGAAUUUUAUAAAGAGAAAAAUAUAAUUGAAAUCGACGAAAUAAAAUAAGAGAGUUAUGAAGAACCUUUUUAUUGGUAUAUAAAGGAUCCUUUGUUUGGUGUUCGCUUACUUUUCCUGUGCAAUUAAAUACUGGACUUCUUUUACCUUCAUCCAUCAUUUUGGAAAUGUUCUAUUGCUUAACUACUCAAUAUGAAUAGGAUAGGCGCAAAUUAUUAUAUUCUAGUGGAAAGGGAAUCAAUAUCAGUAUCUGGGAAACUGCCCACCUACCCCUCCCCUAACCCAACAUUAACCCUAACUUGUCAUCAAUUGACUGUUGUUGGGUUAGGGAGGGGUAGGUGGGCAGUUGCCCAGAUACUGAUAUUGAUCCAGGGAAGGCAUUGGGUUUAAAAAGAAAUUUACUUUUCAACAGAUAUUUGUGAACCAUGUUUGUUACGGCCAUGCUUUAAUGGAGGAGAAUGUAUCCCAAAGGGUGAGGAACGUAUCUGUAUUUGCAAACCGCCUUACCUUCAACCUGACUGUAAUGGUAAGUAGAAAUGAUAUUCAAUGACUCGGGAAAUUUAUGCUAUAAACUAAAGUGUACCUCUCGUCUAUCUAUUCGCAAAGUCAUUUACUCCAAGCACCCCACCUAGAAGAGUAUGAAUGCUCGUGUGCACAUUUGUGGAGCUUAAAUCCAUAGAAUCAAUUCAUUUUCUUCUCGUAAUUAUGGGUGCUUAUUGAAAAUUGUGACUAAAAGUUUUAGUUGCUUAUGUUGUGGCUUAUUUUUGGAAAUCAACGAGCGUUCCAUUUUGGGAUAUUAUAUAUAAGUCAGUGAAUUAAUAGAUAUAUCUCUUAAGCUGGCUUCUCCUGUUGAUUUAACAAAGCUCGGUAUAACGUUAGCUUGCUUCUUUUCAGAGACCGCUGUUAAUCGAUGUAUUCCAAAUCCUUGCAAAAAUGGUGGUACGUGUAGGUCUUUGCCAGAGAAAGAUGACUACAUUUGCGACUGCGUCGGUAAAUUCUCUGGAAAGGAUUGCGCUAGUGAGUAAGGUUUUGUCAUUAUUUCUUCAACCACACACGUAAAGAAAUGAUCAAGCACAUUAACACCGUAAUACCAGAAAUAACGCAGACCUUUCCUUUUCAUGACCACUUCGGCGCAUACUGCAUAUCAUAAAAUUUAUUAGAGCACCUUAAGCUACGGAGUACGUGCAACACGCCUAGGAAUUGCAAAUAAUACCUUCCUACUGACCAAGUGCUAGGGCCAUACUGGGGAAUAUUGGCCUGAACGCGUGGCAGUACGGACCGAGCGCAGCGAGGUCCGUACAAAAACGGACGAGGGCUAACACUCGCCUGUACGGCUCGCACAAGUGAGGUUAGUAGUUUAUUAUAAGGCACCCAGACCAAACCUGUUUAUUUUGAAUUUACCGGCUUUCGAGGACAUAAAUACAGGGCUUAUGACCGUUUUCGUGGAAACGGUCCGUAUGGCAAAAUCCAAACAAAGUAUGAACCAAUCAGAACGCUCGGAUUUACCUCAGGGCUACCUUGCUAUACAACAACUUCUUAUUAUCCGAUUUCAAGUGGGUUCGUAUUAGAAAAUUCCAUGACUGUACUUCCUGAUUCUAUAUUGGCUCAACUCUACAUUGAGAUGAUUUUCAUCAUCGAUUGCCUAAGGAUUCUCUAUUUUACCAAGUCAAUUAUACGAAACAAAACUAAAAAAAAAAAAAAAUUAAGAAAUGACAUAUAGACAGCAGUCUGUGUUUGAUUGUUUAAUAAAUGUUCUUUCUUACAGAUUGCGACUGCCCUAAGGCCAAACCACGACCAGAUGGGAAAGAAGUAAUUGACUCUGAAUGCGACGCAAUUGGGGAAUGUUUUUGUCCACUUGUUUCUGGUGUUCCUAAAGUCACAUUUACGGACGGCGGCUGCGUUCUUGACCGUAGGUUACAAGAAUGUUAAGUUUUAAUCCUUUAAAUUUAGCAAACAAAAUCAUGUCUGCGCAAUCGUUACUUUGGGUUACUUGGUAAAGUAAAGCUUUGAUGUGCAUAACAUCAUACAUUCUGCGAGAUUCCUCGGCAGAGCCCUGCAAAAGUUGUAGGCUUUGUUAAGAACGUGAGUGAUUGUAAAUUGAUAGGCGAAGAGCUGCAAUUAUGAUUGCGCAGUCAAUAUUUUGAAUAGUAAGUAAACGAGUAUGUGAUGAGUAGCAAGAAUGAGAAAGAAAAAUUUUGUUAGUAUGGUAUCUACGUAGUAAAUCCUAAAUGUAAUUGCAAGUUUAUCAAUUAAUAUUUACCUCCAAGCAUCUGAAGAAACAAAAUCGCGCGUAAUUUCAUUCUCAACCAUUUUUUCGCUAUACUGACUGAAAUAAACUGACUUUUUUGGGUUUCUGUGUGUUAUACACUGAAAUAAUGAUUCACCGAAGUGUAGAUGGAAUUGGUGGAUAUUCACUCACUAUUCUGGCCUUAUCAAUUUUUAUGUGGGUCACCAUUUAAACUAGCUUGGAGCCGAACUGGGCCAGCUUCUCUAAAUAUCGUAAAUACAAAUAUAUACAUGUAUGCAUAAAGAUUAAAAACAAACAAGAAACAAGACUUACUGAAAGCUUUUGUUCUUGAAAUUCAGGCCAAAGCCUUUGCUUUAGUGACCCAUGCAGGAACGGAGGAACAUGCGUGAAUAUUUUAAAUGGAUUCAUAUGUGAAUGCCCUCCUCCAUAUUACGGAACUUUCUGUGAAUGUAAGUCCUACUGUUACCACCAGCAAUGAUCUUCAUGUUUUUAGCAGGCUACGACAAAUAGUUACUUGGCCUAGGUUAACGCGAUUAUUUUAUACCAAUGAGAUAUAUACGGCUAGCAAAGAGGGUUUCAAGUCAUAUUUCAUAUCUUUCUUGAUAAAUAAUAACGUCUCAUUGAAAUCACUUCGAAGCUGCGUCAAUAGAGUGACCCUACAUUAUCCACUCAGACGUAUACUCAAUCUUUUCCUCCAGGCACUUCCUGUAUAUGUGAGAAACCGUGUAAGAAUGGUGCUACCUGUGUUGACAUUGCAACAAAACAAUACCAAUGUACUUGUCCCCCUGGUUACCAAGGUCCUGACUGUUCAGGUAUGUUAGUCAUUAAAUAGUUAAGCUUUCAGUUGUUAAUCCAACCAGAAUAUGCAGGGAGAUUGUCGUAUAAAUCGUUUCAACCACAAAAUUAACGACUGUUUUCCAGAAUAGAACCAUUCAUUUUUACAUUUUUCGACCACGAGGUCGCGUAAAUCACUUGACAUAAAAGUCACUAAUGCAAUGGGACACAAUUCGUGCAAACAAAAUAAAAAAUAAAUAAAAACUAAACAAAAAGUCAACUUCCAGUCGCAACAGAGAUAUUUCUCUGAGUAAAUGUUUAGCCAUCGAAAUGAAUUGAAGUAGCUCACAUUUAGAUGACGUGAGUUUUUAAGGAUUGCAAUCAAUACCCUUAACUCAGCGGUGAUUAAAAAAAAAACCUAAUUGUUGUAAUAUUCCUUUUUCCUUACGUGCCUACACUGCCUUGUGUGCACAUUGUGGCUGAGUGGCGAGGGCAGUUGGCUUGUGAUCUAGUGGUCCCGGGUUUCAGUCCUCCACACAACUGCUCGCUGGAUUUUCUUCCAGUUGCCCCGAGUUUAACACCUUGGCUGCACCUUGCAUGUAUAUAGUCAACUGGUCUGCCCACUGUCUUUUGGGAUUUUUAAACACUGUGUAUACAUUCAUUCAUCCAUUUAUUUCCUCAUUUAUUCCCUCGUUCGUUUAGGCCCUAAAAAGCCCUAUUGGGGAAGUGGUCGAUUAAGUAUAUCUCCAUAUAUAAAUACACAUGUACGUACGGAUUGAACUGCAUUUCAGCCAUGAAAUUGGUAUUAUACACUAAUGAAUUAAUUGAGUCACAAAUAACGUGAUGCCCUGUUUGGCAAUUAUAGAUUAGGAGAGAAUGUCCAUUCCACUCCCCUUAUGCUAUUUAACGUAGGGCAAAUAAAAAUAAUACCUUACAGUGAGAGAUUCUGCGUCUCUUUUGCAUUUACAGCCCCAGUGACACCAACAGAAAAGCGUUGUAUAAAUGUCACUUGCCUACAUGGAGGCACUUGUGUAGAGCGUCCAAAUGGAUACGAUUGUAUCUGCACACCACAGUACACAGGACCACAUUGUGGAGGUAAUCGCCACUUUUUGAAAUAUGAAUAGGUCCCGAUUGAUCUCUCAGAUCAAGGAAAAAAUGUGCAACCGAGAUUUAAAGGGAGGAGAGUUCUUCAAUUUUUUUACUCUCCAAAAUAUGGCAAUUGAUGGUUGCUGAAAAAAAUGAUGUGAAUUUUAAGGCUGCCUAUGUCUGAAGGCUAUGCCCAAAGACAAUUGUUCAUGAAAAUUAUUACUCUUGCUCAGUUGACAAGUGCGCUAAUUGUCACGAGGAGGCAGAAUGUGUAUAUGGACGUUGUCGAUGUAGAGAAGGAUACGUUGGAACUGGAUACGUUUGCGAGAAAGGUCAGUUUACCUGUAACGAUCGAGUCGCAGUUUCAAAUACUUUAUUUCAGAUAGAGUUUAGUAAAGAAUCUAAUAUCAAUGAUACUUUUAAAUAUGCGACAGUUGUUGACAACUUAUCAGGCUAAUACUGAUUUUAUUGUCUUGUAUUACAUAAGCAGAUAAGGAAAAAGAAUGUGGCAUCUGUCCUGUUCAUCAUCACUGUGCCCAGGGAGUCUGUAUUUGUAUUCCAGGGUUCAUUUGUCAAGGUAAAGGCAAUAUUCAUGCCACUGGAAUUUCCAUGCUACUUUGA